AAUAAAAACCUUAUUUUACGACUCGCAGUUUUUAACUAUUGGACUAUGGAUUGUUUUUAUAUAAUUAUUUCCUUAAAUGUACUUUUAUGUAUUGUUAUUCAUAUAUGGUGCAUACAUUUUGUCGGUGCUGACUAUGAACUUAUAUGUCGAUAAUUAUGACGCCAAUUCCGAAUAGAAUGGAUGUGCUUCUGUGACUAAUUAACAAGGUAUAUUUGAUUUAAAAAUGCUACGUGUCACAUUUCAAGAAAUACUUAAUCACACUUGACGUUGAUAUGUGUUUUACUGUUAGAUGAAUCGGUUAACAACUAACUCUAAAAAGUUCAUUAGUACUUUUUUAUGAUGAUUCAUAUCAUUACAGCACUUCUCUUAGUUACUCAGUUAAUUGUGCUUAGUAGCGGACAACCCUCAUUAGGUCGACUUUCAGCGCUCCAACCAGCCUUUCUAGGCAGGGCAGUUUCAGUGUUAUUAGAUCCCGAUCUUUUGGUUACAACCGAUCUCCUAAGUGAGUUAAAAUGGAAGGUUAAGUUUGCAGGACAGAACGAAUUUGACGAUAUACGAAUCGGUUACACGCAAAAUCAUUCUCCUGAUGGAGUUGUGUUAGAGCUGAAUAAUGUCAGCAAAGCUUGGAAUAAGGCUCUCAUCCUUGCCAGCUUUAAGAAUAUUACGUCAAACGCUGCAGAACUACUGUUACAAGAAUUUGAAAACAACUGUGGUCAUAUUUAUGUGAUGUCAUAUCCUGCUCAACCUGGUGAUAGUGGCAAAAUAGCUUAUGUACCGACUAAAUCAGUAAUGGACCUUAAAGAUGGAGUAAAUAUUUCGAUAGCCUUUUCGGUAACGAUGACAUUUCUCCGACAUAACCAGUUUAUUCGCACCGUGGAGCCGUUGAAUUACAAACUCGUUUUCGACAUUUACAACGUUACCAGUCCGGAGUGGUAUAUUGUGCGAUGUGAUACGCAUACGGCAAAAGCAUAUUGGUUGCUAGAGGAUACAAACGUUCUACGUCUGUUUGUAGGUCGUCCAAUACUAAACCCUCUCUGUUCAACGAAGGAAUGUUCCAAUUGCAUUUGUUUGGCAAUCGGCGAUCACAUUUCCUGUUCAACGUUUAGCAAAAGCGUCAAUAUUUCAAUUGGAUCUACAAAACUGGACGUCGACGUAGUACAGUCGUAUGAAGGAUAUAAUGUAUACACAGUGAAGAAGGAUUUCACAGAAGCGCAUCAUAUGGCAAAAUUGACAUGUUCUGUUGCAUUUCCAGAGACAGGACAGAUGUUUAUAACUGAAGCAUUCAUAUAUAUUUUUGUUCCACCCGACGCUGUGACAUUAGAUAUUUCGGAGUUGAAAGAGGGCUACCCAUUAAACAUAACCUGCAGUGUUUCCAUCGCAAGACCGCCCCCUAAAAUAGAAAUGUUCCUGGGCGACAAGAGAAUUGCAGAGGCGACUCAAAUUGAAGUGUUUUACCAUUCAACACAGUUUUAUCGAAGCUAUAUUACUUUGACAUCCGUCAAUCGGACAUGGAAUAAUAUGAUUCUUAAUUGCUCUGUUCUACUCCGAACAAUAAACGACGCAUAUAUGUAUUGGGAAUCAAAAUCGCAGAUACUGAACUAUAAAUAUCCACCCAUAGAAGUAUCUAUGGUACCACCGUCCAUCCCGGACAACAUAUUACCCUGGUACAAUUUCGACAUCAGUUGCACGCUAACAGAUCACAACACCGACUGUUCUUUCGCGUGGUAUGCAGACUCUCGCGACAUAAUUUUGAACAUCGUGACAAAUUCGAACAUCUCUUCAAACAUCCAUGUACAGAUGCCACAUACUUCGGGAGGAGGAGGUCAUCGAAUCAGCUGUCGUGUCCGAUGCGAAGAGUUCUUCUUGGAAAUGAUUAAAAACGUCAAAGUUAUUGUUCCUCAUGCGCCAGUGAUUACAAUUCGAGACAGCAAACUUUUUGGCAUUGGUGGUAGUGUGAAAAUUCUGCUGACAUGCGUAGUUGACAGUUAUCCGCUGUCCAACGUUUCCUGGAUACACCCAGCCAAUAGAAAAAUGAUCUCCAGAUGCGAGCAUAAGUCUGAAUGCAUUAUGGUUACCUCAGAGCUGGUUGAAUCAUAUUUAAUGAUCGAAUGCACUGCAGUAAACAAAUAUGGGGAACAUAGAAAAGGAUUAGAAGUGCUCCCUUCAGAAACAAAAUCACAAGAAGGGUUUCCAUGUUUACCAACCUCAGCUGGAGUUGGGGGUGCAGCAGUGUGCGUCUUCGUGUUUGUUUUCUUCUGCUUUGCUAAGCGAUUCCGAAAUACACAGAAAAGACAUUCCAUGCAAACAAGACCAAAUACGAUUGCAAAUGUCGACGCCCAGCUACUGGAUGUCUUGUCCAAAGACUCGCUGCCCACUGUGGACAUAGAAAGCAAAGACGAAUUAUUAUAUGAGGACAUAGAUCAAACGAUCCCAAAGUCCGACUCGUUUGACCUGGAUUCAAUUCAUUACUGCUGCCAUGAAACUGCAUGAGGAAAAAAUAACAAACUCAACCCAGCUGCACUAGGCGGUAUGAUGUGCUGGGAACCUCCAAUACUUACUACCUCACUCCACAGUACUAACUGCACUGACGCCAUGCUAUUUCAUUGAAUAAUUACCAAUCAUGGACAUAUUUGGUCGUUGUUUGGUGUUAAAAUGUUUCAAUUGUUUUUAAGGUU